GGGAGUAUUAUUUCUUCCUCUUGGAUGAUGGAAUUGCUUGUUUUCUUAAAACUCAGUUCUAACUGCUGCAACAACCCUAACGUGACGUCACAGGAGAAAGUGACCAGUGAUGUAAAGGAAAAGUGGCAAAUGAAAUUUCAAAGCCACAGUGUGCCUCGACUCGGUGAGUAUGAGGCUGCAUCGAUCAGUGUGAGAAGUGUGUUAGAGGCGCGCGCACCCUCCGCGCUCAGUUCUCCAUUCGCACCACUGCCUCCUUUGCCUCUUUUGGACCUUGAUUAGACCGCUUUUGGACCCUGAUUGGACUUCUUUUUGACCACUAACACAAGGGUGACAUCGACCCAUUGGGAUGGAGGACCCUGAGCUCACGUCACCAUCACCCGUGCCCCUUGAGAUGAACGACACGGGUGGGAUUUUCGAAGUGGCGCUCCAAAAUGUCUCCUCGGAGCGCAAACCUCAGUUUGAGGGUGUGGAACUGCUGCAGUCCUUCAAGCUGCUCAUCAUUCCCUGUUACACCGUGGUGGCCCUGGUGGGUGUCAUCGGCAACUACCUGCUCCUGUACGUCAUCUGCUGCACUCGCAAGAUGCACAACGUCACCAACUUCUUCAUCGGGAACCUGGCCUUCUCCGACAUGCUCAUGUGCUCCACGUGCAUCCCCUUCACACUGGCCUAUGCCCUCAACCCACACGGGUGGGUGUUUGGCCGCUUCAUGUGCUACUUGGUCUAUCUCAUCCAGCCGGUGACUGUGUACGUGUCAGUUUUCACCCUCACCGCCAUCGGGGUAGAUAGGUACUAUGCCACGGUGCAUCCUCUGAAGAAGCGCAUCUCAAUCUUGGCAUGCACCUACCUACUGUGUGCUAUCUGGCUGCUGUCGUGUGCUCUGGUGGCUCCCGCUGUUGCGCACACCUACCAUGUGGAGUUCCGAAAUGAGGGCUUCACCAUCUGUGAGGAAUUCUGGAUGGGUCAGGAGGGGCAGCGUCUGGCCUACGCCUACGGCACUCUGUUCAUCACCUACGUGCUGCCUCUUUCUGCCCUCAGCAUCUCUUACCUGUGCAUCUCUAUCAAAUUGAGAAACUGUGUCGUUCCAGGCUACCACACUCAGAGCCAGGCCGAGGCCCAGCGCCUGCGCAAACGUAAGACCUUCCGCCUGGUGAGCCUGGUGGUGGCCGCUUUUGGCAUAUGCUGGAUGCCCAUCAGCGUGUUUAACGUGUUGCGUGACAUUGACAUCCUGCUGAUUGAUAAGCGCUACUUCCUGCUCAUUCAGUUGCUCUGUCACUUGUGCGCCAUGAGUUCAUCUUGCUGUAACCCAUUCCUCUACGCUUGGCUCCAUGACCGCUUUCGUGCCGAGCUCCGCAAAAUGAUGGUCUGCCACCGGCGCAUUGGCAUUGCUGCUAACAAUGGCGCCACCGCCAGUGUCGUGCUGUGAAAGAUGCUUCAAAAAUUAUUCAAGUAAGACACAUCACUCUGGGGAAGGAACUGUUUUUGUUUUUUUGCCUCUGUUCUAUCUUAAUAUAAUGCAUACUUAUACAGCAUUUUUGUAUGUUAUUUUGCAAUGUGAUCGUGUUGUAAAGAGGUGGAUUAGGUCACUGAAGGCCCAUGUCGGAAACUCAUUGGCCGUCACUGAGGUCUGGCUAAUUCAUCACAUUUUAAUCCCGAUUUCGAUUUGGGAUUCUCAUGAUCAUAAAAAUAUUAUAUUUGAGGAAAUGCAAUUCAUGUACCGAAUGGCAAGUUCAAGUUCCUAUGUUAUGAAAGCAACCUGAAUGCUCCGCACACAUCAAGCGUGUGACAAAUAGUUUUCUGAUUUCACUGAACAUGAUAUAAGCUGUCUAAUGACACAAUUGGAGUUUACUGUAAAAGUAAAGACAAACAAAAAGAAUUACACACAU